UUUUGUUCUUGUACAAAGCUGGCUUGCCAUGUAUUAACUAUUAUUACAAGCAUGACUGAAGUUAUUGCAAGAGCUCAAAUGAAUCAUGGAUUCCACAAUCACUCUGCUUUACCCUGUUCUUCUUGUUCUUCUUCUCAUUGUGCCAGUGUUACUGAUUAUGUUUCUCCACAAGAAGCAAUCUCCAAAGCCAAAGCUUCCUCCUGGUCCUCCUAAGCUUCCAUUAAUUGGGAACCUCCAUCAAGUGGGGAAGCUCCCUCACCACUCACUCUGGCAACUCUCUCAGCAACAUGGCCCUCUCUUGUACCUUCAACUCGGUCAAGCACCAACCAUCAUCAUCUCAUCCUCUGAUUUGGCUAGACAAGUGUUGAGAACUCAUGAUCUUGAGUCAUGUAGCAGACCUUCACUCUUCUCAUCAACUAAGCUCUCUUAUGGUUGCUCUGACGUGGCUUUCAUUCCUCAUGGAGAUCAAUGGAGAGAGUUGAAAAAGAUUUGCGUGGUUGAACUCUUUGGCACUAAGAAUAACUCCACUCUUCAAUCCAUAAGGGAAGAGGAAGUGGAAAGCAUGGUAACCUCCAUAUCUGCUGCUGCUGCUGCUUCAAUGGAUUGUGCUAUUGAUUUGAGUGAUAUAUUUCUAUCUUGUGCUAACAAUAUUACUUUGAGAGCUGCUUUUGGUAAGAGAUAUCAGAUCACCGGGAAGUAUGAGUGGAGUAAGCUUCAUAUGAUGCUUACUGAGGUGCAAGCUGCCCUUGGUUCCUUCUUCAUGGCUGAUUACAUACCUUGCUUUGCAUGGAUAGAUAUUCUCACUGGUGCAAGAGCUAGGCUAGACAAGAUUUUCUAUGAUUUGGAUGCUUUCUAUGAGUUAAUUAUUGAUGAACAUCUCCAGCAAAUCAUGCAAAGCCAUGGCCAAGAUGAAGACAUUCUUCAUACUUUGCUUCGUUUACAAAAGGAAACAGAUCAUUUAACUAAUGACAACAUAAAGGGAGUUCUCAUGGACAUCUUCGUUGCUGGUUCGGAUACAUCCUCUGCUUCACUAGAGUGGACAAUGGCAGAGUUGAUGAGAAACCCAGAAACAAUGAAGAAAGCACAAGAUGAAGUUCGAAAAGUUAUCGGUAUGAAAGGGAAGGUAGAAGAGAGUGAUCUUCAACAGCUUCAGUACCUCAAGUGGGUUCUGAAAGAAUCCAUGAGACUUCACCCUCCAGCUCCACUGCUUGUUCAUAGAGAAACCACACAGCAUUUCAAGAUCAAUGGCUAUGAAAUCCAACCAAAAACAAGAGUGAUUGUGAAUGCAUGGGCUAUAGGAAGGGAAACCAGCUCUUGGGAAAGACCACUAGAGUUCUAUCCAGAAAGAUUCAAGGAUAGUUCCAUUGAUAUGAAAGGACAUGACUUUCAAUUGAUACCAUUUGGAGCAGGUCGUAGGAUUUGUCCUGGAAUAGAUCUUGGGAUUCAGACAGUGGAGCUUGCAUUGGCCAACCUCUUAUAUACUUUUGAUUGGAAAUGUCCUGAUGGCUCACAAGAUAUAAACCUGGAUGAAACUCCUGGAGUUACUGUUCAUAAGAAGUAUCCCCUGUUCCUUGUUCCCAUUAAAUAUGAACUCAAAUAAUGUACUUGAUGUGUAGUUGUGAUCAAAUUUGAGUGUUUAAUAAGAAACAUCAACCAGUUUAUCCUA